AUGAGACUUUUUAUCACGAUCGACCCAAUCAAGAACCAAGUCAGUGAUUGCUUCAUUAAGGGUCAGAUUGUCGAGGUUCAGUUUUCUUAUUGUAGUCUGAUUUGUCGACAGGAUCACUGGAGUACAUCCACUGGAAAUCCUCCUAAAGAUGGAACACAAAACUACGACCUCAUUGCCGCAAGUGAAAGUGGCUCAACUACUGUUGUGGAGUUCUCCAGAGAUGCUAUUACGGGAGACAAUGCGAAAGAUGUGCAGUUUAUGAAUGACACUGAAGUCAAAGUUGUAUAUGCUUACCACACCAGCAGUGAUGCAACUGGUGGUCUAACAAGGCACACUAACAGGGGAAUUUUAGACGGAAAGCACAACCUGAUAGUGAUGGCAAUGUCCGCCAUGCAGCCAUCUUCCACAGAAUCGGGCAUCCAGCCAUCCCAGACAAUGAUGCCUCCAACUUCAUCAAAGGAUUCAGGUGGCUCCACGACGAAGCCUCCAUCUUAUGCAGUUCUCUCCUCCCCUGAUGGCUUCUUCAAGCUACAAUGGACUUAUAACAACAGCAAGAUGAUAUUCAAAAUGACUUGUAAAACCACAGGCUGGUGUGCUGUCGGAUUUACCACAACUGACGAUGGAAGGAACAUGGUGAAUUACGAUAUAGCGGUUGCUGGGUACGCUUCUGGUGCAGGGUAUAUUGAUGAUCGCUGGAGUACCUCGACAACCCUGCCUUCAAAUGAUACAGAGCAAAACUUCAACCUCAUGAUGGCAAGUGAACAGGACGGACAGACCAUGGUGGAGUUUUCCAGAGACGCGCUUACAGGCGACACUGCCAAUGAUGUGCAGUUUAAGAAUGAUACUGAAGUCAAAGUUGUAUAUGCUUACAACACCAGCAGUGAUGCAAAUGGUGGCCUACGUUCAAAGCACACUAACAGAGGGAUUUUAGAUGGAAAGCACAACCUGAUACUGAUGGCAAUAUCCGCCAUGCAGCCAUCUUCCACAAUGAUGCCUCCAACU